AUGCCGCGCUCGUACGGUGCCCAAUCGUUGGGCAAGCCCAAAAAUCUGUCACCCCAAGCUAGUCUGAUGACGUUUGCAUUGUGCAGGGAUAGCGAACGAGACAUGCUGGCCCUGAAGGAGCAACAGCAACAAAUUCAACAGCAACUCCGCGUGUAUGAACACGAAAACAAAGUGCUCAAGGCAAACAUCAUUCAGCUUGAAACGCAAGCCAAACGCAAGGAUCAGGAUAUUGAAGAACUUUUAGCCACCCACCACAACCUGGAAGGAGCCACGCGUCCGGCCACUGGUAGCACGACCGCCAAGCGAGAUCCGGCCGCAGCUCGACAAAUUGUGGGGCUGCGCAAUCAGCUCAACUUGCUAAAGCGUGAUCAUCAGACGCUGCAGCGCCGCUAUGAUCAGCUCUCCUCAAGCGUCAAGGCCGCACGCCUUGAUGAGCUGGAGCUGGAAGUGACGCAAUAUUACAACGAGGUUUUGCGCCUUCGCUACCUCCUGCGGCAGGCCGGCGGUGACGAUGUCACCACGGGGUCCCUCGUGCCAGCUGCAUCAGCCGACGAUGGAGCAUACAUCUCAUCCAACGUGGUGGAGCUCAAGCGCCUGCAAGACCAAUUUGCCGCCGCAACCGUACAAAUAGAGGAUUUGAACGCCCGCCUAGAGGUGGCCACUCAACGCGAGGCUACGCUCCUCGAGGAUGCUGCCAAGCUUCGUGCUGAGCUAGGUGGGGAUGAGGAGGUCGACUCGGAUGACGAGGACGCAGAUGUGAAGCGCAUGACGCGCAAACAGGCAGUCGCUCAAGCCGCUCGUCAGCGCAAAGCUCAUCGUGCCCUGGAAACGGAGCAUCAGCAAGUGUCUCGAGACUUGAAAGAAGCUCGAAGCGAGCUCAAGACACUACGCCGCAACUUGGAGCGACUUCAAGACGAGCAAAGCCACACCGGAAGCAGCUUGCAAGAGUCGCGCAAGCACACCGAUUCCUACAAGGAUCAGGUCGCCAGUCUACAAGCCACUGUUCAGGAGAUGUCUCAAACGAAUGCCAGGCUGCAAGACCAGCUUGUUGCUGCGCUGAACAAAUCGGCUGCCCCGCCCGACUUUGAGGCGCAGCUGGCCCCAUUGUUUGAAAAGCACAAUGCAGAGCUUCGGUCGCGCUUAAAACGGCUGGAUGACAUCGACCAUCGAUUGCAAGAGCACACUGAUACGUUACGGCAGGAGUUUGGCCAGGUUCAUGCUCAGGCACAAGCCCAGACCAAAGAGCUUGAUCAGGUGGCGGAAGCGCUACCGCAACAGAUUGAAGCAGCCGUGAAGCUGCAGUCCAAUUGGCGUCGUUAUCGUGCGCAAAAGGAAGUCAAGCAACUGCGUUUGUCCCGAGAAGAGAAGAAUCAGCGAAUUGCUCAACUUCAAGCUGUCUUGCGGGGGCACUUGGCGCGUGUCCAACUGCUGCGAGAUCUCCAGGAGCGCGCAUGGCGGCAGAGGGGUACCGUCAAACGAGACGAUCAGCCAGACAUGACAGUCUCGCGCUCUUCCCCCCGGCGGCCCGCCGCGUCCCGUGGAGCCUCAAGUCCGGACCGCCGGUCUGAUGGCGUGCUCAGCCCCUCCGUAUUGAGCAGGAGUGCCCUCGAUGACUCGGCCCCUUUGUCAGAUAGUGAAAUUGGUGCCAUGGCCGAAGUCCUUGAGCUGAGUGACGAUGAUGAGUUUUAG